AGUAAAUAAGGUUUGUAUUGUCGCGAAAAUGUGUAACUGUAUGUUUAGGACAUACCAUAAAUACCAUAUUAGCAGACGAUACCAAGCAUUUACACUUAUUCACUAAGAGUGAUUUUUGACGUAGGAAAGCAAAGUGUUAACUCAUCUGUGAAUGCACUAUCACCCACUCUGCAAUUGUUCAAGUCAAAUGUUGGAAACACAAUGACAACGUUGGAGGACAAAGAUGAUAUGCAGGACUGGGAAUAUGUCAAACAGGGAAUUGCUCUCUGGCUCAACAACCAACCAAAGGCCGCGGAGGAGAGUUUCAGCAAUCGCAAGUCAAGCAUUCACAUCGUUGCAGGGCAUACCUUCAUUUCGUUCAUGAAUGCUGUUAUCUCUUGGGAAACGGACAAGCUGAGCGAAGCCCAGACGAUGUUGCGAGAACUGGAGAAGAAGUGUGCGGUUGACAUUGGCUGGCUGAAAACGAUGCGAACAAAACUAUUCGGUAGCUACGAGCAGCAAAAGUCACUGGCAGAAUCGCUCGAGGGACAGAUUAUUCUGGCAGAUACCCAAUUGUGCCUCGCCAUAUUGGUGUCCCUGAGUCAAGACAUUGGCGGCUUCGUCAAGGGCGGCUGGUUGCUUCGGAAAGCUUGGAAAGUCUACCAGCACACGUACAGCCAAAUCUAUCAGCUGUACAGUCAUACUAUCUCCUCUGAUCGCAUACCACAGGCACCACUCAAAUAUAACCUCCGAGCCGCGGAGUCGACGGUGGAGCUGGGAACACCGGGACCUGUUGAUUGGACCGUACCCAAUUCAACACUGCAAUCACCCGAUGUAAUUGAUGCUAAACAAAUCCGUCUCACAAUGUAUCGUUCAUCGACUGAAGAUUUGCGCCGGGAAACCAUCACAACCACAGACACAUUAGAAAAUCAACUGGCUUUGGAGCAAACCUACGGUGAAACGAGUAGCACCAGCACCGGCACAGGAAGUUGUUCGAGUGUGAAAAAAAGUUAUACAACUCAUUUUGAAGGGAUUAAUCUUGGAAAUGAUCCCAAGUCAAGUGCCUCAUAUGCUCUCAACAUCGAAUCUGUUGUCGAGCCGGUUGUGGUCAAGAUCGAUGCGAAUUGUGGACAACAAAGCCGAAAUGGAUUGCGCUUGGACAUUUUUGACAAUACUAGAAGACAGAAUGGACGCAAUGGUUCAAAUGGAUUCAAGCUACGUCCCCCACCUGAGCCAGCGAAUUAUGACGGCAACGGAGGCAGCAGUUUCAAUGAUAAUAGGCAUAUAGAACCAGAGGAUGUCCGCCGCUUAAUGGGCGCCGUCAGCUUCGGGUACGGUGUGUUUCAGCUCAGCAUAUCUUUACUGCCACCCAGCUUGCUAAAACUGAUUAGUUUUCUCGGGUUUGAAGGAGAUCGCACAAUGGGAAUCGCCUGUCUAAUGCAUUCCAGAACCAGUGUGGAUAUGCGAGCGCCCCUCUCAACGCUGGCAUUACUUUGGUACUUUACCAUAGUGACACCUUUUUUCGCCACAGAUGGUUCCAAUCUAAAGUAUGAAAUCUGUUCGGCUCAGGAAUUGAUCGACGAAGCUUCCCCUCAGUUCGAGAAAUCGUCUCUUUUUUUGUUCUUCAGAGGUCGUAUUGAAAGGCUCAAAUCUAAAAUCAGUGAAGCUAUUCAGGCCUACGAGUUCGCCUAUCGAACGUCACCCCAGCGUGAAAUAAAACUGCUGUGUCUGCAUGAAAUAGGUUGGUGUAGAUUGAUACAACUAGACUACGGACUAGCUAUGACAAACUUCAAGGAAUUGCGUCGUAGCAGCCAGUUCUCCAAAAGCUUUCACUCAUAUAUGACUACCAUAUGUCAAGGUUCCCAUGGCUACUUUGACGAACUUGUCAAAUGGCGAUCAGAAAUCUCUGAUCUGCUCAGUCGAUCUUGCCAGAAAGAGUCACAGAUAGAAAAGUACAUUUUUCGACGAUGCCACAAAAUUCCGUUAUCUGUGGCAGAGGAGGAAAAAUAUGACUGCACAUAUUGGCGCCUGCUGGUAUAUGAGAUGUUGUUCAUGUGGAAUGCAUUGAGCAGCUGUAGUGAAAAUAAUUUGGCCACCAUAAUAGAAGACUGUGGUCGACCGACGGGGGAACUAAAUGAGCCCUCACUAGGAUUAGGACGACUGAUUCUUGCGGCAUCGUUUGUAUGCACGAAACAGUACGAUGAGGCUGCUGAUGCCUAUCGCGAAUGCAUUGCGGUGCGGGACGGUGAACUGCAACAGGAUGUUCACAUAUCCGCCUUCGCACAUUACGAGCUCGCCGUGCUAUUACUCCGGAAGCAAGAAGCAGAAGCAAGAGCAGAGGCCAAGCAGCUGCUUCUUUUUGCUCAACAAAACUAUCGCGGAUUUGAUUUCGAAAAUCGGAUUACCGUUCGGAUACAUUCCAUUUUGAAAAAGCUUAAUUAGAUGGUAAAAAAAAUUGUCCAAGCACUAAUGAUUCGUUCGAAUGAAAAUUACUUUGCUACUUUGAAUAGUGCCGUAUCGCGCGUUCGAAGCUUGAAACAAAAUAAGUAUAAACAUUGUCAAAAAAAUUAAGAAAGGGAACGAUUGAAUUCUAGUUCACUAAGUCAUGGGAAAUGCACACUUAUAUUUCCUGAUUACUUCCGCGGGUUUUGAUUUUUUUUGCCAACUAUAUCGCCAAACCGAUUCGCAUGAUGUAUUCAACACUAACAAAUAUGAGUAAUUGAUGCAGAAACAAAGGUAUUUUCUGUUUGAACAAAAAGGUGAUGAUUUAUUGUGUGUGCUAGUUUCCGCAACUAUGGUGCGUAAAAAAUCGGAUUAAAGACAGGCGAUAGUACCUUCCAUCUGGAUUUGAUUUCAAAUGAGCAGCAAUGGCUGGUUGUGAGUAUUUUGGAAAAAAAAAAACAUUUUCACAAAACACAGUCACCUUUGAUAAACAUGCUAUCACAGUUGCCUCAUUGCCUCCUACGUCGAAUUAGAAUAUCCGUGUACUUGCUUGAAUGCUCGAAACUUCAUAUUAUUGUUAGCCACAGAAUUGUGUAGAACAAAUUUAAAACACGUCUUUACUAAUAGACAAACAACGCUCAAGUGAGCUUUUAUUCAACCGCUCUCCUCACACACAAAAUUGAAUGAACGGUUGUGUUCACACAGAGUGAGUGAAACACACAAUGCUGAAUGAGCGCGCGAUGCUGAAUGGCAUAGGGUUGCCAUCACUUCUCCUCUUCGCGCAGAAAUAGAAGACCAAUCCUUUUUCUAAAAUUCUCCAGUUUCACACGACUCAACGGCUUGGUAAAAAUAUCCGCCAACAUAUCAGUUGUAGAGCAAUACGUCACACUGAUGUUCUUCUUUUCUGCCAAAUCUCGCACAAAAUGGAACUUGGUGUCUACAUGUUUUGAACGCUUCUGCCCAGCGUUCUGGUCCAACAUCUUAAAGCAACUUUGAUUAUCUUCGAAAAUCUGCACCGGUUCUGGAACAGUCUCUCCGAAGUCUAUCAGCAACUUUUUAAGCCACAACAGUUCUUGGCAGCUUUCAGCCAAAGAUAUAUACUCUGCCUCGGUCGAUGAAAGUGCCACACAUGCUUGCUUUCUAGCACACCACGAAAUAGAACCUCCAGCCAAUUGGAAUAUGUAACCCGAAUUUGACUUCCGAUCCUUCACGUUUCCGGCCCAGUCGGCAUCCGCAUAUCCUUGAAGUUUUUCAUCACUGGAACCCAGUUUUAGCUUUAAAUCACUUGUCGCCUUCAGGUAUCGCAGAGCCGUUUUUGCUUCAAUCCAAUGUACGUUCGUUGGCUUGCUCACCUGCCUUCCAAGAAUUGACGAACUGAUAGCAAUGUCUGGCCGAGUGUUUACCGAUAAAUACAGCAAACCUCCCACGAGACUCUGAAACUUCUCAUUGUUCGGAAGACUCUCAUGCUUCUCCUUUUGCUGUAAGUAUCCGACAUCCAGUGGAAUCCUUGAUCCCUUCGCAUCUACAAGUCCGAAUUGCGCAACUAACUUGUUAAUGUAAUUUUGUUGGUCCAAGUAGUAGGCCUUUCCACGCUUCGUCACUCGUAUUCCCAAAAAAUAUUUUAUGUCACCAAGUGUUGUAAUCUGGAACUUGCUGCUCAAAGCCUUCACAAUUCCAUCGUAUUCACCAUUGUUGGAUGUCACGACCAGCAUAUCAUCUACGUAUACUAGGAUGUACACUGUACCGCCGUUUCUCUUCCGUACGUAUAAACAUGGAUCAGCUUCCGCCUGCUUGGAUCCAAGUCGCUUCAGAACAUCGUUCAGAGUUUGAUUCCAAACCCUGGCUGAUUGCUUCAACCCAUAGAGACUCUUGCGCAAACGACAGACUUCUUUACUUCCAGCUUGUAGUCCGGGUGGCACCCGCAUGUAAAUAAUCUCCUCCAGAUCGCCGUUCAGGUAUGCAGUCUUCACAUCAACGUGCCUAACUUGCAUUUCGUCACGUCCAGCGAUAGUCAAAAGCGUACGAAGCGUCACCUGCUUUGCGACUAGAGCGAAGACUUCAUCAUAAUCCAAUCCUUGUCGCUGGGUGAAACUCUGUGCAACCAGUCUGGCUUUAUACCGUAUAAUAGCACCUUGCUCAUCCUGUUUCUUUUGUAGAUCCAACGACAUCCAAUGACCUUGCUUCCUGAUGGUAACGUUGUCAACUCCCAGGCUCCAUUGUCACCGAGAGACUUCAGCUCAUCAUCCAUGGCAACCUUCCAACGAUCACUCUACGGACCAUUAACAGCGUCUUGAUAACUGUUUGGUUCGCUUAGCUUACACUGAACCAACUUGCCAUCGGCCGAGUAUCGAACAGGUGCAACACCUUUCGUAGACCUUUCCGAACGACGGAGUGUGUCCACGGACUGCUCCUCCUGCAAGCGUGCCGACUCCUCUUGGACGGGAGUGGAAUCAUCAUCUUGGCGAUAUCCUUCACCGCCACUAGCGUCUUCGUAGAUACUCUGAUCUUCAAAACCCUGAAUAGUGUCAUCAGCAGAUUCAUCUCUAAAGCCAGGAAACUCUAUCUCAGUUUUAUUCUUCGGUUCAACUUCGAACUCAUCGUCGGAAUAAUCCGAUUCAGCUUCAGACGCAUCAUCAGAGUCAUUCGACUCAGCUUCGGACUCACCAUCAGAAUUAUUCGGUGCUACACCGCAAUCUGGCCCAACAGAUAGCUCGGGCAACUGGAAAAAUUGUUUUUCUACUUCGUCCUGAUCCUGGACUUCCUCGUUUGGCUUUAAAAAACGAGCAUCACGACUGAAAACGAUUUUGUGUGUUUUCAAAUCAAUAAAACGCCACGCUUUAUGUUGUUGAGAGUAUCCAACGAAAGUCAUUUUUACUGCUUUCGGCUCCAAUUUUGUCCGUUUUUCCUUUGGAAUGUAGACGUACGCCUUAGUACCAAACACUUGCAGCAUGCUCAUGUCCGGCUUUGUACCAUUCCAAAUCUCGAAAGGUGUCUGUUGAACGAACUUCGUAGGUAACAUAUUCUGCAGGUAGUUGGCUGUACUGACCGCCUCGGCCCAGUACCGAUAGUGCAAACCAGAUUCGAUGACCAUGCACCGCGCCAUCUCAACUAACGAACGGUUCUUGCGCUCGGCAACUCCGUUCUGCUGUGGCGUGUAUGCUGUCGUGAAUUGCUGCUGUAUGCCUUCUUGCUUCAAAAACCGUACCAGUUCCGCGCUGCGGUACUCUCCACCUUGAUCUGACCUGAUCACUUUUGGCGGCCUACCGAAUUGUGUCUUCAUGCUGCAUACGAAAUCUCGGAUUGCAUUCAUCGUUUCCGACUUCUUUGUCAAAACAUACAGGGUAGUGUAACGGCUGUAGUCAUCGAUUAAUGUCAUGAAGUAUCGUCGAUCACCGGGCGUAGCAGUAUUCAUCGGCCCACACAAAUCACUGUGUACCAGAUCUAAAAUCGCCUUGGACGUUCGUGCCGCCUUCUUGGGAAAUGAAAGUCGAGCCAUUUUCCCUUGCAAGCACGGUUCACAAGUAGUUUUAAUGGAACAGUUAUUUACCUUGAUACCAGUCGCCAAAUUCUUCCGUUGGACUUCCAGGAUAGCUUGAGGAUCACGAUGUCCCAACUUCCUGUGCCAUUCAUGAAUGCAACUCUUUUUGUAACACUGAUCCGAUGCCACAUUGACCUUUUCCACCAUUGGAAGAUGAUAGAGGCCUUUGCUCCUUAGCGCCACAGCAGCAACUCGAUCACCACUCGCUAUCGUACAGCCUUUCUGGUCAAAAGUUAUUCGCACUCCUUUCUGUACCAGCCUGCCCACCGACACGAGAUUCAUAUCGAGUUCCGGAACGAAAAGCACUUCACUUAACGUAAUGUCCCUUUCGUCCCCAGCUUCACCGUAGCAGCUUAGCUUGCAUAAUCCGACACAUUUCACUACUGCCCGCUUGCCAUCGGCAGCCGUCACUGAUUUUGGCGUAUUCGCCCGCGGUUCACACAGCGACUCGAAAAACUUCCGGUUUGCACACAUGUGCGAACUUGCACCGGAAUCAACAAUCCACUCUGUAACCGCACUUUCACUGGCACUAAACGCGAAUCCUUUCACUUCGAACUUCGCUAUUUUAGCUUUUUCUUGUUUUUUCUUUUUCUUCUGUUCUUUGCUUUCGCCCCCAGAACUGCUGGCACUAACAUCAUUCUUUUUCCGUUGCCACAGCUUGCAGUCCCU